AUACAGUUGCAGUUUAGUUUUGCCGGGUCGCGAUUGCCUCCUUGGUUUCACUUUCAUCUAGCAACCAGUAAGAGAAAGUACGGCGCGAGGAACGGUUGCGUUUUUCGUUUCAUUUUUAAAAUCAAAAAAACGAAGUUCUAAGAUGAAAUUUGUUGUCUAAAUUUAGACAGAAUUUGUUGUGAUAAGUUUUUUUUCUGUUCCGCAGUAUACUAAAAAAUUGAAGUUAAUUGAAAUGGAAUGAAAAUUAAAUUUUUUCCAAUUUUGAACAAUAAAAAAAAGGAAAAUUCGGAAGGACUUUCAGUUAAACAAAAAUUGAAGGAAAAAAACUUUUGAUGUUUUCCCAAAGGAAUCGAAGAAAAAAUUGAUGUGAAUUAGCACUGUGUGACUUCUUGUAGUGAAUAAUAAUGGUCAAGUGAACAAAAACCAUACAUUCAAACUUGUGACCAAGUUUUAUCAAACAGACCAUACACAUAAACAAUCAAGAAGAAGAAAAAAAGACGAGAAAAAUAAUAAUUUAAGAAAAAAAAUGUUUUCAGCUAUAAAUACGAGAUUGCUAAAAUUAAAAUUCAAAAUUAGUCACAUUAACCUUGACUUUGAAGAGAGAGAUAAAUAAUAAAAAGAAUUCGUGGGUGAAAUAACUAGCAAAUUUCCUCGCUUACGCUCAAAAACUAUUGUAUUCUCUUAAUUAAACACGCUAUAUAAGUGUUUGUUAGUUUAACAUAAAAUUGUUCAUUUUUGUAUAGUGUUCGAUCUAAUUAUCAUUGUGACAUUUUCGUUGGUAUAUGAAUGACAUAUUGAAUGAACUUCUCGGUCACUAAUCAAUGACAUUUAACAGUUUCACGAGUUACAAUAAGUUUUCUUGCUGAAAAAUUAUCGAUGUAGUUGUUGAAGAAAAACGGUAGUUUUAUCAAACUUAAUAAUUAAAUGUUAUCAAAACGGUUGUCAAGGUGAAACUUUGACCAUGAAAAAAAAUUAUAAACAAAAUAUAUGAAAAAAAAAAAAAUUGUUUUGAAGGUCCACUACAAUUGUGUUCCGUGUGUGAUUUUUAUUUUUCUUCGGACGGGCAUCUGUGUGUGUAACGAUUUUUGACGAGUGUAUAUUAUUCGCUGCUGUGUAUUUUUGUAUUUUACUCUUUUUUUUGCACACAUGAAUUUUUGGAAAAAGGCUGCCGAUUCGCGAAUGUGAUUUAUUGAAUUCGGUAUUGUAGUGUUGGACGAGCUUCUGUGUGGAAUAUCUAUGCGGUAAUGGGCAAGUGGGAAGUACAGAUUCUGUGAAAUUUAAUUACGAUUUAUGUGUGGAUUACUGUGUCAGCGUUUUAGGGAAUAUCCUUCAAUAACUUUAGAACCGUGUGUUGUCUAUUCAUAAGAGGUACAUUAUAUAGUGAAAAAGAAUCCAAGUCUGAUUAUGUAUAUUAAGUGAACCAGAAAGUCUGAUUUUUAAAACCAAUACGAACAAGUGUCAAAAAAAAGAAGAAAAAUUUAAAUUCCCAAAUUCCAAAAAAAAAUUCAAAUAUAAUCAAACGGAAAUCGUUCUAACCCAUUAAAACUGAAUGAAAGUGAAAACUCAAUAAAUAAAAAAAAUUUAAACACAAGAAACAUACACAACAGAGACGUUCGAUCACCACAGAAAAAAAGAAACGAAUUAUGAACAACUACAAUUGACCGAGUAAAACACUUUCAAGUAUAACAGCGAUCCACAUUGAUACACCCGCCCGCCGGUCGUCUUGUAUAUGAUAUAUGUACCCGAAUUGUGUGUGGAGUACAUUAAUAUUAGUGCAGAAACAAACGAAAAAUCAACCAAAAGUCUAAUUUAAAAACAAAAAUAUUUUUAACUCAUCUGAUUUUGCUUUGGCUUUUUUUUUCUCCUCUUGUGUUCAGAUCCAUAAUAUGUCUAUAUGGGUAGUAUACACAUAAUAUCGUCGAUGUUUAUAUCGCGCUGAUGUGUUUCAAUACAGUUUCGUAUAUAUAUGUUCGUUUCACAUGCGUAAAAUAAACGCGUUUUUUUAUUUUGAAUGUCAUGAAUUAAGCAAUGGCCUUGAACUCUAUAUUAAGUGAUCGCAUCUAAAUACACGCAUUUUAUUGAAAUAACUUUUCGUUUUGUUGAACCGUGAAAGAAACUGGUGCGACAACACGCAGUUUUGAACCCACAAAAAAAAGAAAUAAUUUUUGAACAUAAAAUGAAGAAAAUGCGGGCUAAGAAUUUUUUGAAAUAAAAAUGUAUUUGUUACUGGUCUUUCCGUCUGUUAACAACGCGAUACGAAUGUGUGACAGUCAUAUAAUAUGUAGAUACAUUACGAUGGUUCUUCGUUUAUACAAAGCGUCAGCCUUGAACGAAUAAUAUUCUCUUCUUUUCGGUUCGACCGUAAACAAAAUUUGUAUUAUACCAGUCUGAGGGGAGUAGCAUUUUGUAUAGUGACUCACUCUAAAACUAUUGAAUUCUUUUAGUGACAAAAUUCGUAUCAAAGUUUUUGGUAAGGAUUUGAGAGGAACGAACAUUCAACACCUAAAGUGAAGGCUAAUAUUCUCGGUUGUGAUCUAUCCACGUAACAAUUACAUAAAUACUAAAAUGCAGUGCAUUGACGGUAAAUUGAUCAAAGAAGAACACAUGGAGUGUGACAUUCGCAAUGAUCGUGCGGUCGUAAUCAGUGAACAAAAGGUGAUACUUUCGCCGCGCGUAGAAAUCCAUCGAGUUAUGAAACCACCACCGGUACAUGACUCAGACUCAUUACCACCGCCGCAAAUAAUAUUUACGUCACGUUCAUCCAGCAAUCAAAUCCCCACACAUCAAAUACCCCAACAACGGGUGCAGGUCAUCAAAGACGGUCGAUGCUAUGAGGAGUCAUCGAAUCGACAAUAUCACAGCAAUGGUGACAUGGCUGGUGUUGUACCGCCGAGCCAUGGUUCACCAGUGGCGGAACCUAAAAAAUUUGUGCUCAGUCGACAAGUGAAUGUCAUUUCGAAUGUGGAUAGAGAUGUGAAUGGAACGACAGUGUUUCGUCCGCCGGUUGUAUCCAGCACCAGCACACCAAUGCGUCCGCCACCGCCGCCACCACCUCCAAAGAAUAAAGGAAUUUCACCGGAAGAACCAUCCAGUUCGAUUCCGGAUUUAGAAUUCGAUGGAACAACAGUGCUGUGCCGGGUGUGUGGUGAUAAAGCUUCCGGUUUCCAUUAUGGCGUACACUCUUGCGAAGGUUGCAAGGGUUUCUUCAGACGAUCCAUUCAACAGAAAAUCCAAUAUCGUCCAUGCACGAAAAAUCAACAAUGCAGCAUUUUACGAAUAAAUCGCAACCGAUGUCAGUAUUGUCGUCUGAAAAAAUGUAUCGCUGUGGGAAUGAGCAGAGACGCUGUCAGAUUUGGUCGUGUGCCGAAACGUGAAAAAGCACGCAUUUUGGCGGCUAUGCAACAAAGUACUCAAAAUCGCGGUCAUCAAAGAACAUUAGCCACCGAAUUGGAUGAUCAACCGCGAUUGUUGGCGUCAGUGUUGCGUGCACAUAUGGAAACAUGCGAAUUUACCCGCGAAAAAGUGUCGUCAAUGCGACAACGAGCUAGAGAUUGUCCAGCUUAUUCAAUGCCCACACUGGCAUGUCCACUCAAUCCAGCUCCAGAACUACAGUCCGAACAAGAAUUUUCUCAACGAUUCGCUCAUGUUAUCCGUGGCGUGAUUGAUUUUGCUGGUAUGAUUCCCGGCUUUCAACUGCUCACCCAAGACGACAAAUUCACAUUGCUCAAAGCUGGCCUAUUCGAUGCAUUGUUUGUUCGUCUGAUUUGCAUGUUUGACUCAUCAAUUAACAGUAUCAUCUGUCUGAAUGGACAAGUAAUGCGUCGUGACGCUAUCCAGAAUGGUGCAAAUGCCCGUUUCCUGGUCGAUUCGACAUUCAACUUUUCGGAGCGAAUGAAUGCAAUGAACUUAACCGAUACUGAAAUUGGACUGUUUUGUGCCAUCGUAUUGAUCACACCGGAUCGUCCGGGCUUGAGGAAUCUUGAGCUGAUCGAAAAAAUGUAUUCAAGACUGAAGGGUUGCUUACAAUCGGUUAUAUCGCAGAAUCGGCCAAAUGAACCCGAAUUUAUGGGCGAAUUGUUGAAGUUAAUGCCCGAUCUGAGAACAUUGAGCACAUUGCAUACGGAAAAGUUGGUAGUUUUCCGGACCGAACACAAAGAAUUGUUGCGUCAGCAAAUGUGGUCAAUGGAUGAUGACUCGAGGAAGUCACCGUCGUGGGGUUGCAAUGAUCAGUUAAUGGAAGAGGUGGCUAAGAGUCCGAUGGGAUCAGUGUCGAGCACUGAAUCAAGUGAUACAACUUCCGACUAUGCACAUUCAUUAUCCGCAUCAGCUCCUCUGUUAGCAGCUACUUUAUCUGGUGGAUGUCCGUUGCGCCAUCGUGCCAAUUCUGGAUCGUCAGCUGAAGAUGAUAUUGUUGGUACGGCCCAUUUAACACAAAAUGGUCUGACCAUUACACCUGUCGUUCGUUCCGUACCACCAGCCCAUCACAUUCGUUACCGUAAAUUGGAUUCACCGACCGAUUCUGGUAUCGAAUCCGGCAAUGAAAAAGGCAAUGAUCAAAAACCGGCAAGCAGUGAAUCAUCCUCCUGCUCCAGUCCACGAUCGUCUGUUGAAGACAUUACUGAAGACAAGCGACAUAUCGUUGAAGAUAUGCCCGUGCUGAAACGUGUGCUUCAAGCACCACCAUUGUACGAUACCAAUUCGUUGAUGGAUGAAGCCUAUAAGCCACACAAGAAAUUCCGGGCUCUGAGACAUCGAGAAAGCGAUGCUGAAGCCGAACCAGUACUCCUACCACAACAACAUUCGCAACCACCUCCACCACAACAACAGCAACAAAGCCAAUUACAUAUGCAUUUAACGCGCCCACAGCAACAGUCUUCCCUGUCAAGCACCCACUCGGUUUUGGCACGAUCUCUGAUGGAAGAACCCCGAAUGACACCCGAACAAAUCAAGCGCAGUGAUAUCAUUCAAAAUUACAUUAAACGAGAAUCACAGGCUGAAUUCCAAAACAGUUCGUCGUCCAGUUACAAAAGUCCGCACCAUCAAGGCUUACUGGUCUGCGCUCCACAAUCGGCUGAAUCGCAAUCAACAUGCCCCUUUUCCGGCCGAUGGCAAGGCGGUCUCAGUGUUAUAACAACAACGCGACACCAACAGACCCCAUCUCCAUCGUCCAGCAAUUGUAGCACCAGCGAUCAACAACGCUAUUUCCAAUCGCCGCAUUCAACAUCCGUGUCACCUCCACGUCCAUCACCAUCCGAACCGCGUCUGCUCGAACUGCAAGUGGACAUUGCUGAUCCACAGCAACCAUUGAAUUUGUCGAAAAAAUCGCCGACACCACCGCCACGUUCCAUCAAUCACAAUAAGGUGCUGCUUGAAGCGUAACCCGUACAGUGCAUUCAUUUUAUGUUAGAACAUUUGUUAGAUUCAUUUUAAGUGAAAGCCGGAAGUAAAUAUUUACAUUUUUGAAGUAAGUAAGACAGAGAGUGAGAGGAGGCAAUAUUUUGUAAAAUGGAUACAAUCAUAUGUGAUGGACGCAUGCAAAAGCAAAGCGGAGGGCAUUUUCAGUUCAGUCUUUUUUUGUUACAAAAAAAAAUAUGGAAAAACAGAAACAAAUUUUGAUUUUUAAAAUCGACGAAAAAUUUGAAAAAGAAAACAAAGAAUUUUGCUGGUUUGUUAAUAGUUUCGUUAAAAACGAAUGUUGAUAAAAUGACAACACCACCGCCGACGACUAGCCGUCGUAGCCCAUUUUUUUAAUUAAAUUUAAAAUGCAUUAAUAGUCAAGGGAAGGGAGAAAUAUUUUUUCAUUUUAUUAUUUUUGCUUUUAUCCAUUUCCGCGUCAGCAAACAGUCAACCAAUUUUUAUUUUCUCUACUAAAAACGAGCUCCUUUUGCGUGUUGAAAUUUUUGAAUUUUUUUUUUAUAAUCUCUCGAUUGAGUGGAAGUUGUGUAGACCAAAGACAUUAUAACUAAAGACUGGCCGUACAUAAGAAACGACAUAAUGAUGGUGGUAAAUGUAAGCAUGACAAUUAAUUUAGAUGGGUGGAAAAAAAAGUAACAUACGGGGCUGUGACGGCUGAGGGAGGAAGAGAGGACAGAGCAGAUAGUGUCAUAAUUUAUUGAAUUUUUAUUUAGAAAAAAAAAAUUGUGGAAAAUGUAUUCCAGUGAGAAUUAUAGUUAUAAUGUCAUUGUUAUUUGAUUAUAUUUUUUAAUUACAUUUUUCUUGUCAAAAGACACAAAAAACGGUGAAAACGUUUCAAAAAAGAAAAUUAUUUUAAAUUUUUGAUUCCACAAAAGAUCGUGUGUCAACACUCUUGGCUUUCGAUGGUUUUUUUUUCUGUGAAAAAAAGAAGAAAUUUUAAAUGAAAAACAAUUAAAUGUUUAAGAAAGAAUGAAAUUAUUUAACUGAAGAAAGGAAAAUUCGGUUGCUGGGGGCUGACAAUCUGAAAAAGUGUUUUGGAAGGCGAAACAAAUGAUAUUUAAUUUGGAAAAAUGAACACAAAACAAACCUGCAAAACAGAGAAACAAAAUAAAAGGUGAGAAGAAUUUAACUAUUUUUGUAGUAGCUCUAGUAGAUGGCAACCAUAAAAAAACUACAACAAAAACAAAUUGUACUAGAUCUCUUCCUUAAAAUUUAAAAAUUAACACAAAAAAUUAUAAAUUAAAAGUAAAAAAAAAUUCAAAAUGAAUAAAAAAAAACAAAAAAAAACUUUAAAUUUAAAAAAGCAAAAAAAUAAAAAAUGAAAAAAGUUAUUAAUUAAAAAUUAAAGAAUUAAAUGUGACUAUAGAAUUGAUGAUAGAAAUUUUUAAUAAUUUUAUUUAAGAGCAUUAAGCAUAAUAGCACGGUAAGUUUAAAAAAAAGAUAAAUGAAAGAAAGAUAAAAGAAAAAAAAAUUAAAUUUGAGAAAUGGUGAAUAAUAAAAGAAAAUUUUCAAAUGGAAAUAAAAGUCUUGUGUGUAUUAAAUUAAAUAAAAAAAAUGAAUAAAAAUGAAAACAAACCAACCAAAUAAUUUAUUUAAAUUGAAAUAUUUUGUACAUAAUAGUAAACUAAGUGAGAAAAGAAAAAAAUACUUUAAAUUAAAGGCAAAAUGUUAAUUUUAAAAUGAUAAACAAUGAGAAGAAAAUAAAAUAAAAUGUUACAUAAAACUAAGAUUGAGCUAGAAUUUUAAAUAUAAAUGAUGAGAAAAAACACAGAAUGAAAAUAAGGAUAAAAAACAAAAGAAAAUUUAAACAAAAAAAUCAUUUAAAAAAAACUUGUAGUGAACAUAAUAAAAAGAAAGAAAAUUAAAGAAAAAAUCAGUUUUGUUGUGUGUAUAAAUGUAUAAAAAUGAAUGAUAAAACGUCAAACAAAAUCCCAAUAUUUUAUUUGAAAGAUAAAAACAAACACAAAUCAUUCUAUCAUGGAUCUUAUAAAUAAAAAAUAAAAUUGAAAAUAUCCCGACAAUUUUUGUAGUAGUCGUAGUUCGUUGUAAAGAAGAUAAAACAAAAAAAACUUAAACACAGAAUCAGAUUUGAAACAUAAAAAAUGCAAAAAUUGUAAAGAUAAAAUGAAAAAUCUUACACUCACACAGACAAACAUUUAAAAAUGAUUUUUUUUUGUCUUUUUAUUUAACAAAAAAAAAUAAUUUUUUUCCGAUUUAUUUUUCAAAAGAGACAAGAAAACCUGAGUUGGGAGUAAACAGUGAACAUUUUAUCAUAAUUUGCCGACGACACAACAAACAAAGCUCGUUAAAUUUUACCAUUUUUUUUGUAAUUUUAAUUUUGUUUUAAUCAACCAUCAAACCACCACCACCCAAUUUAUUUUGAUUUCAAAAUGCUUAAUUCUGUAAAUAAUUUUUUUUCCCUUAAUAAGAGAAAACAAAUUUGAUUUUGAAAUUAAAUUUACGAUGAAAAAAAAGAGAAAAAAAAAUGGAAAUAUUUAAACUUUAACUAUAGGACCAAUUAUUAUUACGUUUAACGAAACAAAAUGCAAAAGAGUAAAUAAAUGAAACACACACAAAAAUGAUUUUAAAACAACAGACACAUACACACACAUUGUAAGACAAAACUAAAAAAA